GGCGCCGCCGCCCAUUGGUCAUCCGCUCGGAUGCCAGUAGCCCGGAUGUCGGCCGGGCUGGACUAUAAAUAGGGGGAGGGCCGGGGCGGGAGCGCAGAACGGUUUGAAAAAAAAAAAGCAACGGAGCGGAGCGGAGCGACCGAGCAGACACGAGGCGAUGGCUGGCGGCAAAGCGGGUAAAGACUCCGGCAAGGCGAAGACGAAAGCGGUUUCCCGCUCGCAGCGAGCCGGGCUGCAGUUCCCCGUCGGUCGGAUCCAUCGGCACCUGAAGUCCAGGACCACCAGCCACGGCCGGGUGGGCGCCACGGCGGCGGUUUACAGCGCGGCCAUUCUGGAAUACCUGACCGCCGAGGUACUGGAGCUUGCAGGAAAUGCAUCCAAAGACUUGAAGGUGAAGCGCAUUACCCCUCGCCACUUGCAGCUUGCCAUUCGAGGAGAUGAAGAGUUGGAUUCCUUAAUCAAAGCUACCAUUGCUGGUGGUGGUGUUAUUCCUCACAUUCAUAAAUCCCUGAUUGGCAAAAAGGGACAACAGAAGACUGUUUGAGGAUGGAAGCUCCCUCCUUUAUUUUAGGUUUGUUAUCUCAGGACUCCAUCUCCAAUUAAUCAGCCGUAGAAUGUUUGGAGGAUGUGGCUGGAAGGCACUGGACUUCUGAAAAUGUGAUUGCAUAGAAAAAUGUUUUUUAUCUCAAUAGUAUUGAGGGGAAGGGGGGGUAUCUUUUUAAAGUAAAUUCAAUAAUCACACUUCCAUGUGCACUGGUCUGGGAAUGCCAAAUCUGGGACCAUAUCUUCUAUGGUGGAAUUGUAUCUUAGUGACCUGGAGACAUUUUCCUGGUUGCUGCCUUUUUAAUAGAGCCCUGUUGCAAUGUUUUAAAUGCAGGAAGAACUCAUUGCUUGUAUAAUUUUAUUUUUGGAGUGGAUUUCAAUCUAGAUGGUUUGUUCUGACUGCUGGUGGAUGAAGUUUUCAAUAAAAUGUGUAUUAAAA